GGAGAAGUUCAGGAGAUUGAGCACAAUGCGCCUGCGUCUGGGUGGAAGAAUCGUGAACAGUGGUAGCUCACUGGUUGUGUGUCUCUUUUGAUAAGCUAAGUUGUGUUAAUAACUGGAACAAUGUCACUGCAAAGAUGCCAAACUGAAUGGGAAGAAAUUGACCAAGAAUAUCAACAAUUACAGGAAACUCACAAAGUGUACAGACAGAAACUUGAGGAGCUUACUAACCUUCAAUCGACGUGUAGCAGUGCCAUUGGUAAACAGAGGAAGGGUCUGAAGGACUUGAGUCAAAGUCUAAAAAGGUGUGUGAAAACAUGUGACGACAAAGAAUCGGAGCUGAUAAAAGAUAUCCAAGUUCAGAUUAAAGAGAAAGAAAAUGUCUUCUUUGACAUGGAAGCGUAUUUGCCCAAAAAAAAUGGAUUGUAUCUAAAUUUAGUCCUGGGCAAUGUAAAUGUAACACUUCUCAGCAACCAGGCAAAAUUUGCCUACAAAGAUGAAUAUGAGAAGUUCAAGCUCUACAUGACUAUUAUCCUGAUGUUUGGUGCCAUAACCUGUCUUUUCUUAUUAAAUUACCGUGUCACAGAUGAAAUCUUCAACUUCUUGCUGGUGUGGUACUACUGCACAUUGACAAUCAGGGAGAGCAUUCUCAUGAGCAAUGGGUCCAGAAUUAAAGGAUGGUGGGUCUCCCAUCACUAUGUAUCUACCUUUCUGUCUGGUGUAAUGCUUACCUGGCCUGAAGGGCCAAUGUACCAGAUGUUCAGAAGUCAGUUCCUGGCCUUCUCCAUUUAUCAGAGCUUUGUGCAGUUUCUACAAUACUACUACCAGAGUGGCUGCUUGUACAGGUUACGAGCUUUGGGGGAGAGAAGUCAGUUGGACCUUACUGUAGAGGGCUUCCAGUCCUGGAUGUGGAGAGGCCUCACCUUUCUGCUCCCAUGUCUCUUCUUUGGGCAUUUCUGGCAGCUGUACAACGCUUGGACCCUGUUUCGGUUGGCAGGCCGUGAUGAUUGCAAGGAGUGGCAGGUAUUCAUGUUGGCACUAACAUUCCUCAUCCUGUUCCUGGGGAACUUCCUCACCACGGUGAAAGUCGUCCACCAAAAGGUGCAGACAAACAAAGAGGAGGUACAAAAGAAUGACUGAGAACGAUGCUGAGAGCAGCUCAGAUUACCAAGUAGCCAGUAACAAUGGAGUGAAACGGGACUAUGUCGCACACACACAAUCAAUGGAGGGUUUGACUUCUGGAACUCCGAGGAGCGAGACCCAGCCGCCAACUAGCGGACCAUGCUAGCAGCAGCAGAAACCACAAUUAUCAAAGGCAGUUUUAACGGGCUUCGUGUUUGUACUGAGUUGUUGAGGUCCUUGUUACAUUUGUAGAUGUGACACUGAGUGA